GGUACAUCCAGCGGCGCCUCAUCAAGUCCAUGGAGUCAGUGAUGGUGAAGUACGACGCGACUGUGCGCAACAGCAUCAACCAGGUGGUGCAGCUGCGCUACGGCGAGGACGGGCUGGCGGGCGAGAGCGUCGAGUUCCAGAACCUGGCCACCCUCAAGCCCUCCAACAAGGCCUUCGAGAAGAAGUUCAAGUUCGACUACACCAACGAGCGGGCGCUGCGGCGGACGCUGCAGGAGGAGAUGGUCAAGGACAUCCUGAGCAACGCGCACAUCCAGAACGAGCUGGAGCGCGAGUUCGAGAAGAUGCGGGAGGACCGCGAGGUCCUGCGCGUCAUCUUCCCCACCGGCGACAGCAAGGUGGUGCUGCCCUGCAACCUGCUGCGCAUGAUCUGGAACGCGCAGAAGAUCUUCCACAUCAACUCGCGUCUCCCCUCGGACCUGCACCCCGUCAAGGUGGUGGAAGGGGUGAAGGAGCUGAGCCGGAAGCUGGUGAUCGUCAACGGGGACGACCCGCUGAGCCGGCAGGCGCAGGAGAACGCAACGCUGCUCUUCAACAUCCACCUGCGCUCCACGCUCUGCAGCCGCCGCAUGGUCGAGGAGUUCCGCCUCAGCGGCGAGGCCUUCGACUGGCUCCUGGGCGAGAUCGAGUCCAAGUUCAACCAGGCCAUCGUGCGCUUCGGGGACGACCUGAACUGCAUCUUCAACGACGACAACGCGGAGAAGCUGGUGCUGCGGAUCCGCAUCAUGAACAGCGACGAGAACAAGAUGCAGGAGGAGGAGGAGGUGGUGGACAAGAUGGACGACGACGUCUUCCUGCGCUGCAUCGAGUCCAACAUGCUCACGGACAUGACGCUGCAGGGCAUCGAGCAGAUCAGCAAGGUGUACAUGCACCUGCCGCAGACGGACAACAAGAAGAAGAUCAUCAUCACGGAGGACGGCGAGUUCAAGGCGCUCCAGGAGUGGAUCCUGGAGACGGACGGCGUGAGCCUCAUGCGGGUGCUGAGCGAGAAGGACGUGGACCCCGUGCGCACCACGUCCAACGACAUCGUGGAGAUCUUCACC